CUCUGAAUAUUCCAAGAUUUAGUUGUUGCUGUUUGGAGGAGUAGAUGCAGUUGCAGAUUAAAAUUAAGCUCUGUCCUUCCAAAUCUUUAUUGCUUCAUCUACUCCUCUAAAGUAAACCAUGGCGUCCCCGGCAAAACUUGUUAUGUCUUCACCUAAAGGAAGCCAUUGAAAGUGAUGCUGUUGUUGUGACAGAGCCCUCCCCCCUCGAAUCCACAUAUUUAUUGCGCACUUCUCAUUUUCUUAAUGCUGUAGUCGUCUGGAAGGCUGCUAAAAGUAUCUAUGAAUCCGUCGCUGUCUACAGUGGUGGCAUCUUCCAGUCUCAUGCUCUUUGUUUCCUUCUCCUCCAUUUCUCUGAGAAAGCUUUGAAGCAGGGUCUUUGGUUUACUCUUCCUCUGUAGAUUCAGGUGCUCCGUUCCAAGAUUUACAUGGACAGGCACCUUUAACCUAUGGAUUUCAGUUUCUGUUGCUUUCUCUUUCUUUUCCUGCAUGUCCUUGUACAUGUGAAAUACCGGUGUUUACUUGUAUCAUUCAGGAUUGUAUAACUUUUGGCACAUGAGCACCGAGUGAUCGACAGAAUUUGUCAGAGACUAAAUGGAGACACCUCGCAUCAGAAGUCGAUUUUCGGCUUGUUCUACCAGGGAGAGGCAUUGUCGUGGUGUUUCUGGAGUACGAGAAGAUGUGUUCAAUUUAUCACCUCAACCUUCAUAUCGCAAUCCUGCUACACACUUUGAGAGAAAACUCGAUUAUACGAAAUCGUUUAGCUUUCAAGAGGCGGCACCAAGUCGAUCGUCCAUUGCAUCUAUCGGUUCUUAUGAUACUUCAGUUAGCAAGUCUGCUUCUGAGUUGGUUAGAGAGAUUUCUGCUCUUGAACUGGAAGUCAUACAAUUGGAAAGGCACCUACUUUCGCUAUAUCGGGCAGCUUUUGAUCAAUAUCUUUUCGGUUCCCCUACCUCCUCAUACAAUGCCUGCAACUCAGUUACACACUCCAAUUCAAGAAGCAUAGAACAAGAAACUGAACUUUGGAAAGGAUAUGAAACAAAUGAUGUUGCCAAACUAGAUGUUCUGUUUGACAAAGAGUGCCGAACUAAAUCUCUCGAGAAUGAGGAAGGCCGCUACAACUUCGGUCGGGGAGAACAAUCUCAUGAUACAGCAAGUGACAUCUGUAGUCGUCGUAGUCUCGCAGAUCAUCUUGGUACAUCGGUUACUCAUCGCGUGCCUGAGAUUUGUUGUAGACUUUCUGAAGAAAUCUUGAGAUGCAUUGCUGCUAUUUAUUGUAAACUUGCAAGUCGACCACCUCACAAUAUCGAUCUGUUGGAUUCACCGACACCUUCAGUAUCAUCUACGAGCACACUAUCUACAAGAGAUCCAGGUGAUGGCUGGAGUCCUGGAUUCCGUUGUGAAACUACAGAAAGGAACUCUCGACCUGGAUCUUACAAAGAUAAAAAGAAUCCAUAUAGUGAUAUGAUAGAAAUUCCACAAGUACGAAUCGAUGGUGAAAGAUUUAAGUCACUGAUUCGCCGUCUCGAGACUAUAGACCCCAGAAAGAUGACACAUGAAGAACAGCUCGCAUUUUGGAUCAACAUCCACAAUGCAUUAGUGAUGCAUGCUCUUCUAGCAUACGGGCUUCGCGAGAAUAACAUAAAAGGCACUUGCGCGAUACUCAAGGCAGCUUACAAUAUCGGCGGGCACUCUGUAAAUGCAUUUAUCAUUCAAAGUUCUAUUCUUGGAUGCCAACUGCAUCGACCGGCUUUGUACUCUUCGAAAAUCUUCUCAGUAAAGCUACCAUCAGUGAAAGACAAACACCCGUAUUCGCUAGACCGAUCGGAGCCACUUGUUCAUUUUGCGCUUUGUUCAGGAUCAUCCUCGGACCCUGUUCUCCGAGCAUACACUGCCAAGGGGAUACGCCAGGAUCUGGAGAUCGCGAAAGCCGAAUUCAUACAGGCGAACGUUUGUGUCGUAAAAGAAACUAAGAUCAUGCUGCCGAAGAUCUUGCAGUACUAUGCAAAAGAUUCAUGCAUGGAACUGCUUGACCUUCUCGAGAUGAUCUGCGAUCACUUUUCCAGUCCUGAGGGAAAGGCCAUCCGAGCAUGCUGCAAAAGGAAGCCUGAGAAGUUCGUCGAGUGGUCGCCAUUCAAGUCGUCCUUCGGAUACAUUGUGCAUAAGGAUUUAGCGAAAUAGUAAGAGGAAAUCCAAAUAAAGCAUUUGUGCCUGUGGUCUUGUAAGUUUGUGUGAGAAGUCGAUUGUUUCUGAAAUGGUGAGCUAGAAAUAAUCAAAAUGGUGAACAAAAGUAUGGCCUCUGUGACUAUGACACCGCCAUGAAUGAUGGUUGAAUAGGAUUAGUGUUCAUGAUACAAGCCAGUUCAAGUUAAAGAGGAAUCUAAAUUCACCUCUAUAUUCCCCUUACUGAA